AGUAACGCGCCGAGCGUAGUCGAGGAAGGGCGGUCUUUCUUUUCGUCUCUCGCGCGCUCACCUCGGCGCCAAAUCGGAGCAAGGCGAAAACGGGCCCGCGUGGUUCCGCGUACGCGCGAGGCGCGUGUCUUAAAUCACUACCGCCCGGCUGACUCGACCCGGCCGACCGCGGGGCGGACGAGCGCGGAAUUGCCGUACAUCGAAGCAAGUGCGAAGAGAAAACGCGUCGUCAUGGGUACCAUGUGUUGUGCCCCGCGGGUGUAGAGUGCCAAUUGCGCGCGGCCAGGCGAGGGGGAUAAAGAACGGGGGACGGGGGAAGCGACGUGCUAAGAAAGGAUCGAGGAUACGCGUGGGCUGAGCCGCGACCCGCCGAGCCGAGGACGUCCCGUCGUGGAGGAGCGCGAGGGAGAAACGCCGGAGAGGUACGGGGAGGCGCGCGGAGAGACGAUAAUGCGGAGCCGUUGCUUCCGUCUUCAGCGACAGGACGACGUUCGGAUCUGCUCGUAAUCGAGCGGGAAGAUCUAACGGGCCGAAAUGACGCGAAGAAGAACGUUUAUCUUCGUAUUAGGAGUAUGCAUAGGCACUUUGCUGCUAUUCCUUGACAAUGCGGUGGCGGAAGUUACGGAAGCAUCGGCUGCACCUGAAAAAUCUGAAUUCCAAAAUACGACUCCCCAAGGAUCUACGACGAUUCUAACAAAAGUUUCUUCGAGCAAUCAAAAUCGAACAUUCGCGGAGAACGACGGGAAAGAUAUCGAGUUAACGAAUCGGAAAACUUAUAACGCGGAAGGCAGGUCGGACGAUAGUGUCGCCGGCGGCGCAAAUCAGGAUCGAGAAAAAGACGAUGUGUCGGCACACGCGAAUUCGCACGCGGAAAAAUCGACCGAUGAAUUCGAUAGUUUAUCGUUGGACGGAGGCAGGAAGCCCAGGUAUGGAGAGAUUGCUGAGAGCACCGGAAAAAGCACUAGCACGAAAGUUAUCUCCGAAGAUCUUCUCAGACUCUCCAGGAAGAACCAACUAACUGCGGCGACCGCGAAACUAUCUCUCAAUGAUUCGAAGCAGGACGGAAAGGACCUCGAGGAUGGCGCGGUUCAAGAAUCUUCCAACCGCGAGAAAGUAUCCAAUGCGACCAAGAUGUCGCCGAGUGCGAAGGAAAAAAGUGUAGACGAGAAGUUAAUCGGAAACGCUAUGGAAACCUCGGAAUCUAAAGAAGUAGGAAAGGAGCCCUUUGUUAAAAAUGAAGAUGAGAACAACGUAGCUGCGAGUAAACAAGAGAUACCGACCGUCAAGCCUAUCAGAGAUUUCUUUUCGACGACCCCGAAGUCGACAACGGAAGGCACUGUUAGACCCGACGAGAAGAAGGACAAAAUCAUAAAGCUCGAUAGGGAAGUCGUUUCGAGAAAGGACAAAAACACAAUCUUGACUGACUUGAAAGAGGAAGUGGAAGAUCAGACAACGGAGGCUCGCGAUCGGGAAUUAGCCAUGGUGCGCAGUGGAAGUUCCCCGGGAUUUAAGAAAAGUGCGAACGAUCUAGGAACAACGGCAUCCGAGGCACUCGAUUUAGAGAAGCUAGAUGAAAAGGGGCACGAAGAGACUGUCUCGUUAGUUAAUGACACUUACGUGAACUACAAUAAUUUUUAUAAGACUGCGACGGAGAAAGAUCCCAGGGCUGGCGCGGGAAACCAUUCGAUUGACGUGAAUGAAUCGCGCGAGAAAGGCGAUCCGAAAGAAGAGGUGGAGAUCGUUAGGAACGUCACUCACCUGCCGGCACAGAGGAUUGUGAGUACCGCGAACGAUACCGUGAGGAACGAUUCUCACGUCAAUGAACUGAGCAAUCAAGCAGCCGCUUACACGAAGAACGGGGAGACUAGCGCGAAAGAUGAGAGUCACCGUGAGCGAAGCGCAAACCCGUCCAACGUAACUGCUAAGAACGCAGAUGGUGUGGAAGACUGGAAAUCAAUAGGAGAACCUGAGAGCCAGGUAAAAUUGCCCGAAACAAUGACUCAGAGCGUGCGACCCGAGGAGCGUACCUCGUCCGCCUUUGAAACCACUCCUAGUCUAGUUCCGCAAGGCAGAACUAUCGGAUUCUCCGGAGUCAACGAGUUUCCGAAUAUCGAGAUGAAAUCCACAGCCUCGACGAGGCCCGACGCGGGAUCACCGGACACUCAGAGCCCGCGAAACGGCACGGAAAAGAGAGAUCAAAGGCCUUAUCCGUACUUGAAAUCCAGCAGGGAACCACUCCAGGUGGUAACGGAGGCUAGUUUGAAGCUGAAGAAGGAAAGCGGUGACGUUACGGAGGAGACCUCCGCUUACGAGAACACAAUCGGAAGGGGUGAGUCCGAGAAGAAGCUCGUUGUCACAGAACCUUCGGUGGUGAUCGAGAACAGCAUUCAGCAGCACAAGUCGAACAGGAAGAGUGCAAACGAGUCGAUGAAUUCCACGACAAAGAGCCUCUCCUCUUUGACGCCAGCGACGGCGACUCCGACUGUUUCGGCCGAUGCUGGACCAACGAAUGAAACUAUCCCGGAAGGCUUUAACGGCAGCGCGAAGGCCUCGGAAAUAAAACGCUCCAAGUCAAAUGACAAGCCAGGUGCGAAAGAGGAGGAGAAAGUGAGCGUAGGUAGAGACGAGGGCUACGACGUGACUGGAAACGGAAUAACGGAAGUGAGCCUGACUCCGGAUGGCAAGGAAGUGAAAUCACAUUCCAGCGAGGCGACGGAAUCGUCCACGUCGCAUUCCACGGAAACGAACACAUCCAGGGCGGCGUCUCUGAAUACCGAUGUUCAGAUGGAACCGGAAGAAGCCAUGAUGAUCCGCUCGACUUUCGUCGUUACCGAAUCCACGAGUACAGUCCCUUUGGACAGGGACGCGACGACGGAAACGAACAGGUCCAAGACCUCGACGACGUCGGCGGCGGAAAUCAAUACGAUUGCUGCGAUGGUUGUCGAAAAUGUCACGGAAUCGGCGCCGAGGACGAGCGUCACUCUGCGAUCUACUUCGAGUGUCAAUCAAACCACCGAAUCUCCUUCCGUCACUCUAAAUCCCGACGAAUCCUCAAUUCCGACAACCACGUCCAUCGAAUUCGAGUUCGUCAGUCUCACGGAGGCGGUGUCCUCGGGAGCUAACGCGACCGAGAGGAGUGUCGAAGGACGAACCCUCGAGGCACAAACGAUGCCCUCGAGGGCGACGACGAUUUCAGAUCCGUCCGUGAGCAAUUCAACGGAGCACGUGUUCACCGCGACGAAGCCGGAGGAAUUCACCGAACUUCCGGUGACGACGGAGGACGGAACUCCAACGACGGAUGUGUCGGAUACGCACCGCGUGGACAACGAAACUACUAGAGGUCCUCAAGACACUCGGACCACUUCUGAGGGUCUAAGUAAUCGCACGGAGUUAGCGAGGAACGAAGUUACCGUAAGCGUUAUCGAUCUCACCAGCGCCACUGUCGUCGAGGUCUCGGGAGCCUCCGGCGUUACAGAGGAUCCUCUAAAGGAUUCAAGUUUCAACGCGAGCAUCACCGAGACGCACGCUGCAGGUGCGACGGAACUUCCGCCGGAUAUAAGCGUCAGGACAACGACGAAUGUUACGAAGAGCCCUUCGGCUACGAGUACUUCAGAGCCGAUGGUACCCUGGAGUACCGCGGGUUUCACGGAGUCGCCCGAGGAGGAGAUAACGGAAGGUACUCAGAGUCUAUCACCGGAUGAAAUCACGUCGCUGGUGAAAAUAGUCAUCGAGGGCACCUUACACGAGAUCUGCCCUCGCUUGCCGGAUCUGAAGAAGGCGCUCGCGGAUGUUCUCCGAGAUGGACUGGACAAACCCGUGCAGCCGAAACAAAUCAUCGUCCAUCAAAACCCUUGCGAGCAGAACUCGUCGCCGACACCCACAGAGGUUUCCCUGAUCUCGAUCCUGAUCUACGUUGUCGACGAGGACGGCAAGUUCGACGCCGCCAUGACGAAGAUUCUGCCAAGUUUAUACAAGGUGUCUCCCAACUUCCCAAUGAGAGUCGUUCAUUCUUUCCAGAUACACAAGUUUCUUCUGGUGCCGGAAGCGGAUUCCGGAAACGCAAUAGCGGUCGUCGUAGUCUCCUCCGUGGCCUUCAUUUGCCUGGUCCUUUUAGCCGGCCUUCUGUUCAUAAUGAGAAAGAGGCAAACGAGGUUCAAUUACGGGGAACGGUGCCGGCCGGUAUCCUUGGAUGCCUACAGCCUCGACAGCGUUUCGGCGUACAAUAGCGUCAGACGCAAAGGUGCGGCGAGAUCCUCCAAGAGAAGUUACGGCAAUCCGACUUUCGAAGAUUCGAGCGCCAUUCCCUCUCACCCCCUUAACUUCGCCGGGCUUUCAUCUUUCUGUAACGACGUUAACGCAAUCAACGACGAGUUCGCGGGUAUACCUCAGGUUUCGGCGAAGAUAGACGAGCUGCCUCCAGGCGCGGAGGUGAAGAACAGGUACGCAAAUGUGAUACCACUUCCGGAGACGAGGGUGCCGUUACAGAGGCUGAACAACGACGCCUUGACUGAGUACAUCAACGCUAGUUACGUGCGGGGGCCUAAGAACGCCACAAAAUACUAUAUCGCGUGCCAAGCACCAAUAGAGUCGACCGUUACCGACUUUUGGCGAAUGAUCUGGGAGCAACAGUCCAAGGUGAUUAUCAUGCUGACCGAUCUCGUCGAGAACGAAGUGGAAAAGUGUACGGAAUACAUUCCACCUUCGGAGGUAACAGAUUGUCAUCGACUUUACGGUGACUUCCAAGUCACGUUGAAGAAGCGGGAAACCAAGGAGAAGUACGCUAUCUCUACACUUCAUCUGAAGAAUCUGGAGAACAAUACGUUCCGUGAGGUAUUUCACAUUUGGUACCUAUGGCCGGUGAGUGGCGUCCAAUCAGACGGUACAGGCCUAAUAGCGGUGCUCCUCGAAGCAAGGGCACUCCAACGAGGUGGCCCUGGGCCCAUCGUGGUCCAUUGUAGUCCUGGCACAGGACGCACUGGCACGCUAAUAGCCCUCGACCUAGGAAUUAGACAAUAUGAAAUUACGAGGACCGUGGACGUGCCGAGGGUCGUUUACACCAUCAGGAGAGACCGGGCUGGCGCAGUUCAGACCAAGGAACAAUAUGCUUUCAUAUACAAGGCACUAAACUUGUACGCGACAAAACUCGCCGGCGGCGUGCUAGAAUCAACGUGAAGCAGAAAUCCUGCGAAGAUGAAACGUCCAUCGACGAGGGUUGAUUGUUUGGUCAGCGAAUAGGGUGUGCACGUGAAAUCGGAAAGAACCUUUAUCCAAAAAAGAUUUUCGCACGGUUAGGUAGCUGCGCAAGUUACUGGCUGAAGGAAAUCAAAUACAAAGAUGCCAAAUGUUGUCCGAUUUAAGGGCAGAGGUGUUCUAAUAUUGCUCUUAAGAAAAACAGGGACUUUGUCGAAGCUAAGACAAAAUGGUGAUUACGAGAUAAAUAUAAAACAGGGUGGAUGUGUAUUUUGUUAGAACGCUAAAUGUUACGUAAUGAUUUAUCGGAUGGUUAAGAUCGUUGGAAGAGCUAAACGUUACCUAAGGUAAGGCGUGAAAUUAAUUUGUGAUAUGUGAACUCUUAGAUUACUUGUAGGUUUGCUGAUACUGACACAAUUCAUUCACUGCUGACUUGUGAUUCUAUUAGUGAAAAGUUUUAGGGAUUAUCAAGGAUACCUUUUAUUUUCAAAAAAAAUUUUACUAUAUUUUAUAAGUGGAACAAUUUGAACAAUUCAAAUAUAUUUAAAUUGUAUUCAAUUUGUAUACGUUUACCUAAUAUUUUCUUGAGUAGAAUUUACUUGCUAAAAGUAAGUAAAAUAUUAAUUACUAUUUAAUUAAUGAAUGUUUAAAGAGAGGAAUUUUCUUCAUAUUCCUUAAACAACGAUACUAUUUUUGGGCGUCCCUAAGACUGUAAGGAGAUAUUAUGUUGAUAUUAAUAGUUCGAUGUGACUCACAAUGCAUGCGGAAUAUCGAAUACCAAAAUUGGAGGAGAGCCGAGUUUAGUUGAAAUUUUAAUAAUGAAAUUAAUAAACUUUCUUAUUUUUCAAUAAUUUUAUAUGAAUGUGAUGCGAUCAAAUCACCUUAAAAAAAUUUGGAAAUAUUUUAAAGUAAUGUACCAAAACGGAUUAACAAUGUUUUAAAGAGAUACUUCCAUUAAAAUAAUUAAUAUUUAAGGUGAACUUCAUGAAAAUUUAAUAGUAAUUGGAUAUAACAAUUGGAGACGUAUAUAUUUAUUUAUGUUUGAAUUUUGAAUCAAUGUGCGAUCUUUCGAAUUUCCAUUACUUAAUAUUUUUGACGUCAGAAGUCAUUUUAUUUGUAAUAAAGCGCACACUCUGUUUUAGAAAAUACUCUUGACAGCAUAUGCAAUGCAAAGAUUUCAACUCAUUUGAAAUAAAAGAAAAAGAAAGUUUUGAUCUGCAUGCAUCGUUCAUAUAAAAAAAAUGGUGCAUUUUUAGAAUCGAAGUCCCACUUUUGCUCUUGUCGUCGAGAAAAUAGAAAUGUUUUAAUAUUGUGAUUUGAAUCGGUUAAAGACGAUAAAGAGGCAUUUUAUAAACAUGCAUGCAAAAAUAAAAAUCAGCAUAGUUGUGUAUUAAAUAUCAUGUAUAUCCCCGUAAAUGCAAAAGGUGUGAUCGCUUAUAUAUAAUAGACAUCUUUGGUAAUACAACAGUUACUUUUGUAAUAAUAUCAAGAAAGGACAUUUUCUGAUUUUUUUCUUAAAUUAGAUAUUUUAUUGUUGUUAUUGUUAUUAUUGUUGUUAUCAUUGUACAGAAUAUAUCUCAAUUCCGUGGCAUGUCGCUCUCUAUAAUUGUAAAUAUGUAGAAUGUGAACGAUUAUUCCGACAAUUGCGUUGAUUAAUCGACCUGAGAGAUUUUAUUUAUACAUAGAAAGCGUUAAUCAUCGAUUUUUAAGCCGAGAAAUACCAGCCUUCCUUUUUUGGCAAGCCUAAUUGUACGGACUUGAAGCGAAUGUCCGUCCAUAAGUGCAAUGUACCAAGUGUAUUUAAAGAUUAGUGUAGUUACGUUAGUUUUGUAAGAAAAUUCAGUCUGGAUUAUGAUCCCUAGUUAUAAUUACGACGAGACAUGACGGAACUGACUUUAAUUUUCCGAAUGCAAGCAAAUUACCAACUAAUUAACCAUCCAGUGGAUUUUACUUAUCUGAAUUUAUCGGAAAUCAAUUUUAAUUGUUCGAUUCUUCGGUGAACGACACUUUACAUGGGCUGCAAUUUUAUUCGGCUGAUAUUUACUUUAAUGAAUGAGUGUUUAGAUGUCAUUCGCAUUCAUGAUCAGUCGCUGCGCCCUCAAAGAGGAGCACGAUAACGUCUCUUAAUAAUAAUUUUAAUAUAAAAACACAUCACACAGUUAAUCUCUAAUGUGAUCAAGUGUGUAGCAAAACUCAUGAGUCAAAUUUAUAGAGAGAGAUGCAUUUUAUGUCUUUGAAAUAUUACAUAUACAAAUGAUGAAUUAUAUGAAUAACAUAAUUGUAUUAUCCAUUAUUAUAUGAAUAAUAAUACGCGAUAUUGCUAAUUAGUCUAUGACGGCUGUAUCUGCGACCGUGUAUUGUGAUUUAUAACUGCAAUUAUCGACUGAUGUGAAAAUAAAAGUAGUAGUUAUGUACAAGAUAACGUUGCAAUAUUGAUGACUUAUGGAAAUAUGAAAAUUAAUAGGCUAGCAUCACGUAUCUAGAGUCAAAGAACAUAACAGGAUUUACAAGUGAUAUUUAUCUAACAGCCAACCCUUAAGGACAUACAUAUCUUGGACCACGAUCAUAUGAUAAAUAUUAUUACGAUAAUAUUAUGAAAAUCAUCGAAAGUUGAUGUAUAUAAUAUUUAUGGUACCAAGUCAAGUACCAAGCCAAGUCGAGAUGUAAGCUUACAAUCGUACAAGCUUAUAUCUUAAAAUCGUAAACUUGUGUUUUUAAAUAUACAAAUUAUAUUCACUCGAUAAGUUUACGGCGUUGAUAUAAAUCUUAUAUUUCAUUUAAUAAUAAAAUGUCUAAAUAAAUAAUGUUAUAUUGUAAUUAUGUAUGCAUGCUCCAGACGUGAUUGUAAAACAUGAAAUAGACGCAGUAUUAUACAA